AUGGACAUUAGCCACGCCACCAAGCAUUCCUCAUCCACGUCUAGAGGGCCACUCUAUGAUGUUUUCCUGAGUUUCAGGGGGGCAGACACGCGCCAUAGAUUUGCGGAUUGCCUAUACAACAUGUUGACUUAUGCUAGGAUUCAUGUCUUUAGGGACAAGGAAGAGAUGAAGAGCGGCGAAGAAAUCCACCCCCAGCUGAUCCAGGCUAUCAAGCAGUCCAAGAUAUCAAUACCCGUCAUUUCCACUGAUUAUGGGUCCAGCAAGAGCUGCCUCAUGGAAUUGGAGCAAAUGUUAAAGUGCAAGAAAAACGAGAGUCACAUCAUCAUCCCUGUCUUCUAUUAUGUCGACCCGUCGGAUGUACGCAAUUGCAGGGGCUCUUUUAGGAGGUCCAUGCAAGGGCACAAGCGCAACCAUGAAGGCAAAGUCAUUGAUUCCUGGAAGUCCGCUCUCCGUCGGAUCGGAGAGUUGAAUGGAUACCAUCUCGAUGAAACCAGAGAAGUGCCUCAUGGCGAGCUCAUAAAGCAAAUUGUCGGGCAAGUUCUGAAGAAGCUGAAGACGGAGGACCUAAUUGUGCCGAAACAUUUAGUGGGAGUAGAUUCUCACGUGCAAGACAUAAUGGCAAAGCUGAAGGUUAACUACUGCAAUAGGCAAGCGGUUAAUAUUGGGCCCACAUGUGAAAUGUUGUUAAUACAUGGCAUCGCAGGGGUCGGUAAAACGGCCUUGGCGAAACAUGUUUAUAAUCAACUUUAUCAUCUGUUCGAUGCCUGUAGCUCUCUUGGGCCGAUCCCAGCCAAAAUUACGCCUCGCGGGGUCUUGUCUCUGCAAAAGAAACUGAUUUCCGACCUCCAUAAUGGAAAUGUCCGAAAGUCUUAUAGUUCUGACAAUGCUCUGUCUCAUAUUCAGAACAGGUUUAAAAGAAUGAAGAUCCUCCUUCUCCUUGACGGUGUGGGAGGUCAUGAACAGCUCGGCGACGUAGUCGGAGAGCUUGAUUGGCUUGGCCCAGGGAGCAGGGUCAUUCUGACAUCCCAAAAACAAGACGUCCUUAAAAAAAUCAAUGGCGCAGAAAGUUUUCCCCUUGGACCGUUGAAACAAGACGAAGCUCUGAGAUUAUUCUGCAGGCAUGCUUUUCAAACGGACUCUCCCCGUGAGGAAUUCAAGAAUCUGUCAACAGAUAUCGUUGCUGCUACCAGCGGGCUACCUUUAGCGCUUCAGAUGGUAGGCUCAUCUCUGUUUCUUGAGAAAUCAAAGAGGGUGUGGAGGGAAACAUUGAGUGAAUUGAAAGCAGCUCCACUUGAGCAAGUCGAAACAGCCUUGAACAAGAGCUAUACAAACCUAAAUGAUAAAGAAAGACAGAUAUUUCUCGACAUAGCAUGCUUCUUUGUCGGAAUGGACAAGAGAAUCCCCUACUACAUGUGGGAUGACUGUACGUAUUCUCCUUCUAAAUCAAUUCGAGCUCUUCAUACCUGGUCUUUGAUAGAUAUCGGAGAGGAUAAGGAACUAUGCAUGCAUGAAAUACUGAAGAAUUUUGGCCGGGAAAUUGUCAAGAAUGAGAACAGAGAUGAACCUUGCAAGCGUAGUAGGCUGUGCGACCACGAAGAAGCACUGGAUGUGCUAAACAGAAGGAAGGGUACUAAGAAAGUCAAGGCGCUUGGGCUCGAGUUUUGUGAUGAACCUAAAGGGAAUAGCAGCUUCGAAUGUGAUCGAUUUGAUGGCUUUCAGCAUUUGAGGUUCCUCAAGCUGGAUCGGGCUGAUAUUUGCGGAAACUUUGGGGAUCGUCUCUCGAGCUUAAGGUGGCUUGAUUGGCGAGGGCGCCCCAAGAUCUUUGAUGUUCAAUCGCUAAAUCUGUAUUUGCCAAACUUGUUGAUUCUUAAUUUGUCGGGGAGUCAGGUUGACAAAGACUGGAGUGGUUGGGACCUGCUUAACCAGACAAGAAAACUGAAAGUCUUGAAUCUAACUGGCUGUGUCAAAUUGAUUGCCACCCCAACAUUUCCUACUUCAAUGGAACUGGAAAUACUUAUCCUGAAAGGUUGCUCUAAUUUAGCAAUUAUAAAUGCAUCAUUUUGUGUACUGAAGAAGCUGGUUUAUUUGAAUAUGAAGGGAUGCAGUCUCCUCCAUGAAUUGCCAGAUUUGGGUCAUAUGAGAGGUUUGAAAGAGCUUGUGAUUGAUGAAACUUCCAUUUGUCGGAUUGAUUUCAAAGAAGGUUCUGUGGGGAAUCUCAAACGUCUCAGUGCUCGCGGUUGCAAACACCUGAAGGAAAUGCCCGAUUCAAUAAAGUACUUGACGUCUCUAAAAAAUCUCGCUCUAGAUGGCACUGAAAUCCGUACGCUCCGAGAGUCCAUCGAGUCACUGAAGAAACUGCAGAUACUGUCUCUAAAGAACUGUGGGAGUCUAUCCGAUCUUCCAGAUGGAAUAGGGAAGCUCAGUUCUCUGCAAUCCCUAAAUUUAUCUCAAACUAGGAUUCACAAGUUACCUUCUUCAGUCAAGGAUUUGAAAGAUAUGAAAGUGCUUAGGAUGAGGGAUACUUUUAUACACAAGUUUCCUGAAGUUAUACUAAAAUUGGAGAAGCUAGAAGAGAUAGAUUUAUCGUCAUGCCAGAGAUUAGAGUGGAGAAACGACUACGACAUUGGGACAUUGUCAUCUUUGGCAAUUCUGAAACUGUCUGACACUCGGAUUUCUAGCCUACCUCCAAGCAUUUCCCGCCUUUCUCGUCUCCGCGAACUCCAUAUCUUCGGAUGCAACAAUCUUAGCCUACCCAAGUUGUCCCCGUUAGUUAAAGUUUUUAGGGAUUCGCCUAACUAG